AAAUCAAACCAGCGCUAUCACGUGAUGCAGCCGGGGGCGGGGCACAGACACCUCAUCUGUUGUCACAGGUCAAUAGGCUCCGUGGUGAGGAUGAUAUUUGGUUAAUGUGAGUGUGUCAGGAGGACUGAUCAGGACCCAGAGCCCCAUCACAGUGCCUCCACCUCACUCACCAAUACAUGAGAGACACAAUGAUCAGAAGAUCCUGGAACUCGCCAACAAGAUCAUUCAGCUGCUGACUGAAGAGGUGACUGCUGGGAAUGGGACAUUAUACAGUAACUCCAGGAGGGGGAGUAUAUAGAGGAACACAGUGCUCUAUACAAGGACGUGAUGAUGGAGAAUCACCGGCCCCUCACAUCACUGGAUGGGCCCAGUAACAGAGAUACCCCAGAGAGAUGUCCCCGUCCUCUGUGUUCCCAGGAUUGUACAGAGGAGAAUCACAGGAUCCCUCAGGAGGAUCAGGGAGAAGGGCUGACUGUUAUUAAGGUAGAAGAUAUAGAGGGAGAAGAAGAGACGUAUGUGACUGAUAUGAAGGCAGAAGAUACAGAGGGAGAAGAAGAGACGUAUGUGACUGAUAUGAAGGCAGAAGAUGCAGAGGGAGAAGAAGAGACGUAUGUGAGGGGUGAUCAGCAGUGUAAGGAGGAGAAGAUCCCUACAGAUACCAGCACAGCAGAUGGAUUCACAAGCAGCGAUCCCUUGGAUGGACAUCUUGUUUUAUCUACAAACUGUAAAAUAAAAGAUAAACUCAUACGAGAAUCCUCAGAAGAAAAGCCUGAUACUCUAAAUAUACAUUCAGUAGGUAUUGGUGUGCCCUUUAAUCUUGAGGAAUGUUCUCCUGAUGAAUCAGUUCUUACUGCGCAUAGUACAACUGGUACAGGUGACACAGUUUUGCCAUGUUCUGAAUGUGGUAGUUGUGUUAAGUCCAUUUUCUGUGGGAAAUGCUGUACAGACAAAUCCCAUCUUGUCAGUCAUCAGAGAAGUCCAACCAAUGAGAAACCAUUUCCAUGUUCUGAGUGUGGGAAAAUGUUUACACGAAAAUCAAGUCUUGUUACCCAUCUGAAAAGUCACACAGGUGAUCAGCCAUUUCCAUGUUCUGAGUGUGGAAAAUGUUUUACAAAGAUAUCUGAUCUUGUUAGACAUGAAAGAAGUCACACAGGUGAGAAGCCAUUUCCAUGUUCUGAGUGUGGGGAACGGUUUAUGCAGAAAUCAUAUCUUGUUAGACAUCAGAUAAGUCACACAGGUGAGAAGCCAUUUCCAUGCUCUGAAUGUGGGAAAUGUUUUUCACAAAAAUCAGCUCUUGUUAUACAUCAGAGAAGUCACACAGGUGAGAAACCGUUUCCAUGUUCUGAGUGUGGAAGAUGUUUCACACAAGCAUCUCAUCUUAAUACACAUCAGAGACAUCACACAGGUGAGAAGCCUUUUGUGUGCUCUGAGUGUGGGAAAUGUUUUGAGCGCAAGUCACGUCUUCUUGAACAUAAGAUGCGUCAUACAGGUCAGAGACCAUUUCCAUGUUCUGAGUGUGGAAAAUGUUUUAUAAGAAAAUCACAUCUUGCUACACAUCAGAGACUUCACAUACAUGAGAAACCAUUUCCAUGUUCUGAAUGUGGGAAAUGUUUUUUACAGGAAUCACAUCGUAUUAGACAUGAGAGAUGUCACACAGGUGAGAAACCAUUUGUAUGCUCCGAGUGCAGGAAAUGUUUUAGAAAGAAAUCAUAUCUUCUUAAACAUCAGAAAACACACACAGGUGAGAAGCCAUUUCCAUGUUCUGAGUGUGGGAAAUGUUUUAUGCGGAAAUCAUGUCUUCUUAGACAUCAGAGAAGUCACACAGGUGAGAAGCCAUUUCCAUGCUCUGAAUGUGGGAAAUGUUUUUCACACAAAUCAGCUCUUGUUGUUCAUCAGAGAAGUCACACAGGUGACAAACCAUUUCCAUGUUCUGGGUUUGAGAAAUGUUUUACACAGAAAUCAAAUCUUGUUAGACAUCAGAAAAUACAGAAAGGAGAACAGCUAUUCCUAUAAGCGAGCAGACAUGAAACAAGUUUUAGCAAUACAUUAAAGAUGUCACAUGCCAGACUGGCGGGCCCUGUUACUGUCGCUAUGUGGCGUCGCCUCUCUCCCAGGUUGUCAGAAUUUCUCCCAUGCGGUAUUGCUGCCAAGGAUUGUUUUCCCCACGUGGAGCUUCCACCACCGGGACAUGGUCAAUGCAAUAUUACCUGCAAUCAGCUGAACACUGCUUUUACAGUCUCUGGCCUUGUUCACUUCACAUGACCCUUGGUGAUUUAUCAGCAGCCAGGGUGCCAUAUAAGUCUUUCCCUGGUGAUGGUCCUUUGCCAGAACUUCUGCAGUCUGCUCACUAGCUUCCUGUGUCCUGUUCCAGAGUUUGGCUCAACAGUCCAGUGUACGCCAUCCGCUGUCUGCUGCUGCGAUGCUCCCAGUGCCAGUCACUACUACUGGUCACUCUCCAGAGUUUCCAGUGUGUUCCUGUGAUACUUCCAACGCCAGUCACUAUUGCUGGGCGCUCUCCACCGUUUAUAAUGUGUUCCUGUGAUACUCCAACCACUAGUCAUUACUACUGGGAGUUCUCCUGUUUCCAGUGUGUUCCUGUAAUGCUUCCAGCACUAGUCAGUACUAUGGAGUGCUCUCUACGGUUUGCAGUGUGUUCCUGUGAUACUCCCAGUGCAAGUCACUACUACUGGGCGCUCUUCACAAUUUCCAGUGUACUCUCAUUGUUAUUCUUUACAAUUUGGAACUCAUCCCAGUUUCCAGUAUACUAUGUGCUGCUGUGUUAACCCUUUAUGCUAGUGUCCUCUGAAUCUCCAUUGUCUCUUGUGUUACUGACUGUCAUAUCUACAAGUAUUCCCAAAAACUCUAUGCUAAAUCUGCAGUGGAAACUGUCUGCAGUUCUCUAUCAGCCUGUUCACCAGCCCCUACUGGUAAUCGGUAACUAUCAUUGUGACUGUUGUGGCUGGGACAGCAUAAUUCAAAUGAGGUUAAUGUGAACGGCAUGCUUUUGCAGGAUUGGAGCUGUAGCAAUAGGUCUGAUGGAAUCCAGUCUGGGUUUUAGCUGAGUCAGUUGUAAGUCACAGCUGGGCUUAUCUGGAAUCAGUCCUCACAUGGCCUAAGCCAAAAUGUAAGUCACAUUUGAGGACAUUUCUUGGUUUGGUGGGCUAGUAUCUUAGGCUUAUACAUGAUUUUGCCACUAGGGCGGCACCCUUUACUGAAUGUCUGAGGAAACAGUCCCUAGACAAGAUAGUAUGGCCUAGUUCCGCAGAGACUGCUUGGCAGGAUUUAAGGUAACCUUAUGCGCGGAGCCUGUAUUGCAAGCUCCUAAUUUCAGAAAGCAGUUUCUGUUGCAAACUGAUGCCUCUGGGAGAGGGGCAGUCCUUUCCCAAGAGGUAGAAGAGGAAGAGAAACCCAUCCUCUACCUUAGCAGGAAAUUGUGCCCCAAGAGCGCAAGUACUCAACUGUAGAGUAGGAAAGCUUGGCGAUUAAAUGUGCAGUAGUCACUGAGAUAGUAUUUGUUGGGAUGAGAAUUCUGGCUAAUCACAGACCAUGCACCCUUACAGUGGAUGCACACAAACGAGGUGAAUGCUCAUGUGACUCGCUGGUUUCUGGCCUUACAGCCAUUCAAAUUUGAGGUGCAGCGUCGUCCGGGGAAACAGCACCUCAAUGCAGAUACUCUUCUACAAAGUUUAUGGAUUCUGAUCCUCCUAGCAACAAUGUGGUGAAGCUAGGUGAGGAGGAGGGUGAAGAAGGGGAUCCGUGGAAGCUAGUUGAGGGGUGUGUUCACAGAUGGCACAAAUAUGUAUUGGGCGAGGCAGAGAACUCACUGUGAAUUCAUAGCUUCACCAGAGUGGUUGAAGUUAAGGUGGAAGGAGUAUGGCAGGGACAGCAUGAUUCCAGAUAAGGUUAAUGUGGAACGGCAGGCUUUUGCAUGAUUGGAGCAGUAGCAAUAGGUCUGAUGAAAUCCAGUCCGGGUUUUAGCUGAGUCUGUUGUAAGCCACAGUUGAGCUAAUCACUACAACUUGUCUGCUGCCUUUAAAAAUGUGUUUGUUCAGUAGGUCAUUGCUCCUGAUGCCAGCAAGUGGCCGGGUGAGAGGUUGGGGGUCUGGGGUUACGUUACUUCUGCUUAUUAGACCUUUGAAUGUUGUGCUGCUGUUUUAAAGAUUGCCUGUAAAACCUGAACUGCAAACCCUGCAUGUACUGUGUAACCUGCCUGAGGUGGAAAUAAAGUGAGUUGUACUGUA